CACACGAGCGCCUGGGCAUCUUAGGAGGGUGGAGGCUCGAACCCUGGAGAGAUCGGCGCGAAGACUGACACUGAGAAGGCUGAUCCCCGCGCAGAAGGGACACGAGGACGCAGUCCAGGAUGAAUGCCACGCGUGUCAUCGUGUGUGGACUAUUGAUGAGCCUCCUUUCUUUGAGCCUCGAGGCCAAACCUCUGAGCGCCGCGCAGCAGAAGGCCCUCAGGAAUCUGCUGGGCGACGAGCUCUCCGAGUACCUGGCGACGGACGAACGGGAUCGCGAGCGCGAGCGGACCCUGGAGCACCUGCGCUCGCGCCUGCUGCGCGACCUGCGUCUGCAGCCGCGCGCCAAGAGCGCCACGUCGCGCGCCCAGGGCGAUCAGCCCGCGCCCAAGAAGCCGAAAGCGGGCAACAAGAAGGGGGGGUCCCCGUCCCGGAACGGCUGCUUCGGACACAAGAUGGACCGGAUAGGGACCCUGAGCGGCAUGGGCUGUUAGAGGGCCGUCGGAGCAGCCGCGUGCCGGACCUGACGGGUGCGGCGGACCUGGAGCCGCCGCGCUCCCGGCGGGUCUUCGACUUCACCAAAAGAAGAGCAUCAUCUUUAUCCCAGAGGGACGCUGCCGGUACGAAGACACACCAACUGCAUCGACUGAGAGAGAGACCCGCACACACGUGUACAUAGAAAGGAAACGCGAGGAAAGAGCGGACAGCGGCGGAGGGGCUCGGAGCGCGAGGCUGCGACACUGCCGCGGCACCUCUUGUACUUAACGCCUGCAUAAACGUGCUGUAUUUAUGUUUCAAACACUAUUUAUAUGUUUAUAAAAAGGUAUUUAUAAUUACGACUUUUAUUUAUGUUACUUUUUUAAUAGAUUGCAUCUGCCGGACAACCAUGUGUUGUAACUCUGGUAUGACUUAAAAAAAAAAAAAAAUCUAUGCCGUGAAAGUGUCAGUUGAGUGCAAUUGUAGGUUUCGAGAAAAAAAGCCAAGCUAUUUACCAUUGUUUUGACAUGCCCGUGAGUAGUAAAAUGAGACAUCUGAAAUGACUGCAGUUAAACCUUUGCACAUUCCAACACCUUCCCUCUGUCAUUUUGUAAUAUUUGAUAUUAAAGUGAUAUUAAAGUAGAA